GGCAAUGUCAAUGUCUCAAGCAGAAAGUCAUAGAGGGCAGGGUCAUAGUAUAGUGAGCUAUUGGCCUUAUAAUUACUUCACAACAUUGUUAGGCCAAUAACAAUUUAGUGCAGUAGCCUACCUCAUACAAUAUUCGCUCAGUGUUUUUCCUGCAGCUACAGGCCUAAAAAUUUAGUUAGGUUAAAUGUAGUCUUAAAGUAAUUGGCAUUAAUAACUGCUGCUGUUUGUUAAUUAAAACAUGAGUUGUCAAACUUUAUCUCCAUAGAAUGUUUUCAUUAAUUGAUUGUAAGCCAAGUUAACCAUCGCAUUAAAGACACAAAACUACCUACGCUUUUUAACAUCAAGGUAGACAGGGCACGGUAUGAAACAAGACGAUUAUUAAUGCCUUCGGGGUUUAAGAAGUGCCAAUCUCCAAUCGAUGAUGUAGUCUUUCUUGGCUCGAUUACAUUGCAAUCUUGUCGGUAACUUUGUUUUAAAAUGGCGGCGGAUACACUAAGACAGCUAAUUUCAUACUAUGUGCUGCGUUGAGUUCGGAGGUGAGGGUGGGUUGCAGCAGCGCAUCUUCAUGUACCGCUACUGGACACCUGCCGCGUAAGCGGCCCACCUGUAGCACCGACAUGGCACAUACAACCGAAGGGACCAAAGACCGGGCAGCAGGAAGCGAAAGUGGGGUUUCUGGACAAGCCAUUAUGAAGAAUGGCAUGGUCAAAGACCAGGCCUCCACAGCUAUGCCACCAGGCCCUGACCUCCAACACCACAAUUGCGAGCAUAACCUACCCCCCCGACUGCCCCAAUACACCUUGCCCAGCUCCAAGCCCUUAUCCUCCAGCCCCGGAUCCUGCAACAGCAGCCCCCAGCCCAGCUACCUUCACCAGGACCAGGAUCAGGACCGCCACAGCCUGGCCUCCCAGGACUCUGGCAUCCCCACCUUGGAGAUCAAUCACCCGGAGCACAUUCACGCCCUUCCGCGCCCAGGAGACGGAAGCCUCACCCUGGUCUCCAGUCUCGACCAGAGCCCUGCCACCCUACCUCUGGACCCGUCUGGCGACAACAGCCUCAGGAAGUCCUCAACGUUCCCCCGCAGCAGCUAUGAUUCGGUCCGCCUCUUUAGUCCCUCCCCCAGGACUGGGAUGACCCUGAGGACGGGGGGCGCCGGGGGCGUUUCAGGGACCCUGAACCGCAGCGACGACAUCUCCAUGUGCAGCAUGUCGAGCCUGAGCACCGAGCUGUCCGCCACGCUGUCCGUCUCCAACGAAGACAUCCUGGACUUCAUGGUGACCUCCGACUCCAGCGCCAUCGUCACGCUGGAGACGGACGAGGGCGCCGCGGCCCACUUCUCCGACGUGACGCUGUCACCAUCGCCGAGUGACUUCGGGGACCUGUGGAGCCCGAGGCGCAGGCCGCAGGGGUCAGGGGUCGAAGACGAAAGACGGCCCAAACGGCUGGGGCCGCUGGCGAGCUUCUUCAACAGGAGUCUGUUUGCCAAGAAGGUGAAGGACACUCGGCCAGUAGACCAGAGGGACCCAGGCUGGAAGCUUUUUGGGAAAGUCCCUCUUCGGGAAACUUCCACCAAGGACCCCGGAAAAAUCCAGAAGGAAUAUGAAACUAAGAGUGGCCGAGCUGGACCUGGCUGCCCCUCCUCUCCCAAGCAGCAGAGCGUGAGGAAGAACCUGGACUUCGAGCCCCUCUCCACCACCGCCCUCAUCCUGGAGGACCGCCCCGCUAAUCUCCCAGCAAAGCCAGCAGAAGAGGCCCUGAAGCACAAACAGCAGUAUGAGGAGAUGGUGGCGCAGGCCAAAAAGCGAGAGCUCAAGGAGGCCCAGAAGAGGAGGAAGCAGCUGGAGGAGCGCUGCAGGCUGGAGGAGAACAUCGGCAACGCUGCCCAGACCUGGAACCAGGAGAUCCUGCCCAACUGGAGCACCAUGUGUACCUCCAGGAGGGUGCGAGAGCUCUGGUGGCAGGGUGUCCCUCCCAGCGUCCGAGGGAAGGUCUGGAGCCUGGCGGUGGGCAACGAGCUCAACAUCACCCACGAGCUGUACAACAUCUGCCUGGCCAGGGCCAAGGAGAAGUGGAAGGCCAUGCCCUCGGUCGCCCCGGAGACGGAGAGCGAAGAUGCAGGCUUGUCCCUAGCAGACCGAGAGGCCAGUCUGGAGCUCAUCAAGCUGGAUAUCUCCAGAACAUUCCCCCACCUCUGCAUCUUCCAGCAGGGCGGUCCAUACCACGACGUGUUGCACAGUAUCCUGGGAGCAUACACCUGCUACAGGCCUGAUGUGGGCUAUGUGCAGGGCAUGUCCUUCAUCGCGGCCGUGUUGAUCCUCAACAUGGACACGGCCGACGCCUUCAUCGCUUUCGCCAACCUGCUCAACAAGCCCUGUCAGAUGGCCUUCUUCAGAGUGGACCACAGCCUUAUGUUGACUUACUUUGCAGCAUUUGAAGUUUUCUUUGAGGAAAACCUACCAAAGCUUUUUGCACAUUUCAAGAAGAAUAACUUGACUCCCGACAUUUACUUAAUAGACUGGAUUUUCACCCUGUACAGCAAGUCGUUCCCCCUGGACCUGGCGUGCCGGGUGUGGGACGUGUUCUGCCGCGACGGGGACGAGUUCCUGUUCCGCACGGCGCUGGGCGUCCUGCGGCUGUACGAGGACGUGCUGACGGGCAUGGACUUCAUCCACGUGGCCCAGUUCCUCACCCGCCUGCCCGACACCAUCUCCCCCCACCAGCUCUUCGCUCACAUCGCCACCGUCCACAUGACCAGCAAGAACAGGAAAUGGGCUCAGGUUCUCCAGGUCUUACAGAAGGAGCAGGAGCGGAACAGUCCGGUUCUGAAGCGCUGAGUUUGAGGUUCCUGGACGAGAAUCACACCCCUGUGAGACUGUGUGAGGCUCCAAAACAACUCCCCCCCCCCCCCCUUCUGCCCACCAAACACAGGGCUCUGGUGGGCUUACUGUGGGGCUGACUCCCUCCCCCCCCACACACACACACACACACUGCUCUUCCCUCGGGCCAAGCAGGCCAUCUGUUCCUGGAUCUGGACCUGAGUCUUGAUGACUGGACAGCUAUAGGACCCAGGGGCACUCAGCUCCCCCACCUCCCAAUCCAGGGAGCGGGGUCACAGACUGAGCAGGUACCCUGGAGGGUGGAGUCAAAGAGCCUGGCAGGGGUGAAUGGACUACAGGGCCUUACAUCCAACAUUUACCCACCACUUAAAUGCUGUACCCAGCUACUUGAAGAAAACAACGACCCCUCUGGUGUGGGGGAGCAUGUUGAGGGCUGGACAACGUACUGUGGCCUGUACCCUAACCUGCCGUGUCAGAGCCCCCUGAACGGAAAGUUCCAGCGUCUCUCUGUAAUCGCUUUUUAUCUCUGUCUGUCUCACUCACUGACUUUCUCCUCCUCGGUGGCUUUCUCUCUGUUUACGUCACUCUUUUUUCAUGCCUUGAGGGUUGUUUUAAUUGUAUCCGUCUCAUUCCCUGAAGUAAGGAAGGACCCAGGGCUCUGGCUUUGGGAGCACAGGACACUGACUUGAAAGGAGGCUGACUGGUUUGGAAGGGUCACUCCUGCAGAUGAAGAUGCAAACACACUUUCAAGAGACAAGGUAACCUGAAGAAUGUGGACACUUAUCGACACACACACACACCUAGUAGUACAUGUAUGUCUUAAAAAUCGCUGGAAUGUUACUUUUAAAGAAAGGUGUAACCCUCUUCAAAGAGGGGGCAUAAGCUGCCUGUAAUAUAGGGUUGACGAUAUACAGUAUAUUUAUGUCUGAUGUAUUUUAACUGGAACUGUGUAGGUUACUGUGUUUUAUGUUUGGUUUGUGACACAUGCUGACUGUCCUCACUCCCGUUUUUGGUACAAUUUUUCUGGCAAAUUUGUCUUGUUUCCCACGUUUGUUUUUGAUUUAAGCAGUUUCCUAAAAUGGCCGCUACGUUUUUUUUGUUUUUAUUUGUAGAACACUGUAUCUCUUAAAGUCUUAUUUUUCUCCCUUUUAACCAAAUGUGUUUGGCUACUGAUGUCAAUGUGCAAUAGGAGACUCCGAAGAGGAAAUAACUGAUUGUAGAAUAUAUUGUAUUAUACCCUCACACAAACACCUGUUCAGAGUGAAUAUGAAUCUGCUUCGGUACUGUAUUGUAUCCUUUAAGGCAUUUGCUAACUAUCUGAAUCUGAGCCUUUUACCUCAUCCAUGACUUCCUCUGUUUGAAAUGACAACACGCUUCCUUGUUUUGAGGUGAGAGCCGAGAAGAGGUUCAAACCUGGUGUGGUGUGUUUAAAAUGUAGCUGUCAUGUCAUCUCAAAAACUCUCAGCAGCUGAAUCAGAACGUGUGGAAAAGUUGACCCUGACUUUGGUACCUAGUAUCCCUCAUCCUAGAAAACAAGGUUAGUCAUGUUCUUAAAUGUUGGGCUGCUUUACACUGCCAUAUGCACAGUGUGCGUUGGCCAGUGACAUCAAAGACAAUCCGACAAUGUAGACUUUCUGUUCACGUAUCAGUACACUUCCCUGCCCUAACUAUAGCAUUUAGCCUAAAUGCCCCUGCUAUACCCCUAUUCACACACCUUGAUGAAUCACCAUGGCAAUUAUUCUCAUUAUUAUUCGUUGUGUCUUGCUACUCUCAAGUGUGCCCAAUUCAGGACUUAAGUUUUAAUGUGUGUGCCUGUGUUUUGUGUAUAUGUAUUAAAGUGAUAUUUUGGAGGAUAGAAAAAAGA